CCUCCCUCCUCGCUCGCCCCGUCCCUUCCCCCGCUCGGCGGCACCGGCGCGUUCGGGCCGCCGGGACCGGCCCGGGCCCGCUCCGAACCGCCCCGCUCCGGGCCCCGCUCCCGCCCGCCGCACCGCGCCCGGCCCCGCUCCGGGCCCCGCCACCCGGCCCCGCAGCGGCGCCCCCUCGUCCCGGCCCUUCCCGGCUCGCCGAGGCCGAGAGCGGGCCCGCCGGGCGCCCGGCGCGCUCGGGCCCGGGCGGAGGCGGAGGGGCCGCGCUCCUCCCUGGCCGCCCCCGCCAUGGCCGACAACGAGAAGCUGGACAACCAGCGCCUCAAGAACUUCAAGAACAAAGGCCGCGACCUGGAGACUAUGAGAAGACAAAGAAAUGAAGUUGUUGUGGAGUUAAGAAAGAACAAAAGAGAUGAGCAUCUCCUAAAGAGAAGGAAUGUUCCCCAUGAAGAUAUCUGUGAGGAUUCUGAUAUAGACGGGGACUUCAGAGUGCAAAACACUUCUUUGGAGGCAAUAGUACAGAAUGCUUCAAGUGACAACCAGGGUAUUCAGUUAAGUGCUGUGCAGGCAGCAAGGAAGCUGCUGUCCAGUGACCGCAAUCCUCCCAUCGAUGACCUAAUAAAAUCAGGAAUAUUACCUAUCCUAGUGCACUGUCUUGAAAGAGAUGACAAUCCCUCCCUACAGUUUGAAGCCGCGUGGGCUUUGACAAACAUUGCCUCUGGAACCUCGGAACAAACGCAGGCUGUAGUUCAAUCCAAUGCUGUGCCCCUUUUCCUGAGACUGCUGCAUUCACCUCAUCAAAAUGUUUGUGAGCAGGCAGUGUGGGCCUUAGGAAAUAUCAUAGGUGACGGACCCCAGUGCCGGGAUUACGUCAUCAGCCUUGGCGUGGUGAAGCCGCUGCUGUCCUUCAUCAGCCCCUCCAUCCCCAUCACCUUCCUCAGGAACGUCACCUGGGUGAUGGUGAACCUGUGCCGCCACAAGGACCCCCCGCCGCCCAUGGAGACCAUCCAGGAGAUCCUGCCGGCGCUCUGUGUCCUGAUCCACCACACCGAUGUAAAUAUACUGGUGGACACAGUGUGGGCCCUGUCCUAUCUCACGGAUGCUGGCAAUGAGCAGAUCCAGAUGGUGAUAGACUCUGGGAUCGUCCCUCACCUCGUUCCUCUCCUCAGCCACCAGGAGGUCAAAGUCCAGACAGCCGCACUGAGGGCAGUGGGGAACAUCGUCACUGGCACGGACGAGCAGACACAGGUAGUCCUCAACUGUGAAGCUCUCUCACAUUUCCCAGCACUUCUGACACAUCCCAAAGAAAAAAUUAAUAAGGAAGCAGUGUGGUUCCUAUCUAACAUCACUGCAGGAAACCAGCAGCAAGUUCAGGCAGUAAUAGAUGCAAACCUUGUUCCAAUGAUAAUCCAUCUUCUAGAUAAGGGGGAUUUUGGCACUCAGAAAGAAGCUGCCUGGGCAAUAAGCAACUUAACAAUCAGCGGGAGAAAAGACCAGGUCGCUUACUUGAUUCAACAAAAUGUGAUUCCUCCCUUUUGCAAUUUGCUGACAGUAAAAGAUGCACAAGUUGUGCAAGUGGUUCUGGAUGGACUAAGUAAUAUAUUAAAAAUGGCUGAAGAGGAAGCAGAAACCAUAGCCAACCUUAUAGAAGAGUGUGGAGGCCUGGAGAAAAUUGAGCAGCUACAAAACCAUGAAAAUGAAGACAUCUACAAACUGGCAUAUGAGAUCAUCGAUCAGUUCUUCUCUUCAGAUGAUAUUGAUGAAGAUCCAAGCCUUGUUCCAGAAGCAAUCCAAGGCGGAACAUUUGGUUUCAAUUCAUCUGCCAAUGUACCAGCAGAAGGGUUCCAGUUUUAGAGUGGUAUUUUGGAAGUUUAGGUACAAUGCAGCACUGAAUAAAAAAAAAAAAAGGUUUGAUCCAUCAAUCUUGGCUCAUGGGAUCCGCUGCUGCAUUAAAUCGGGAAAGUAAAUGUGAAGAUUUCAUUUGGAAUCCCAGAAAAGCCCAAAUGAAGUCAAGAUGGCGAGUGGGUGCGAGUGAGAAUGAGUGGCAAAAUGUAACGACAAACUUCACACUGAAUGCUUCUUUAGAUUGUUCAAAGAAAAAGGGCUACAGGUCACAGAUCUUCAGUGCCUGAGAAGGAACCCCGCGCUCCCGCAGCGGGGGGACGCAGGACUCUCAUCAUCAGCCUCGUCAGCAUCAGAGAGCAGGAUGCCCACAGCGCAGGGAGAGCGGCCCAGGCCUUGCUCUGCAGCCCCGUGUGAAUGGCCAGCGUGGAGUGAGUGUGCCCCCGGUGCCAGCCCGUGCCAGCCCGGGCCAGGCGUGUGCAGAGUGCCUGUGAUGUGUCUGUGAGCGCGUGCGAGCUUGAGUGGCCUCCAGGGGCUGAGAACUAAAAUCAUCAAUGAGUUCAGAAGUGUUGACUUACACUGGACACACCGAGACCGGUUUAGCAGCAGACUCUGGUUUACUCCUGCAGCCUGUGUUUUUCUCUUCUUUUUUUUUCUUUUGGGUUUUUUUUUGUUUCUUUUUUCCCCUCUUCUUUUUUUUUUUUUCUUUCAGUUCUUUUUAAUUUCUUUUCCUGUUACAGCUUAGUUGUUUGUAAAAGUCAGAAUUUCAGGAAGGCUUCCCUGUGCAUUUGCACCAGAUGAAUGUUUGAUGUUAUGAAAAGCUUUUCCAUAUCAUCAAAACUAAUUUGUAGAUUUUUGCAUGGAAAAACAAACAAACAAAAAAAAUUCAUCCAUUUCCCUCCAAACUAGACUGUGUUGCAGUACACAAGUUGCCAUAAUAGUAGAAAGCAGUAAAAUGUGGUAAUAAAACCUCAUCCUUUUCAUUUUCAAAGAUAACACGAAGACCUUUGCAUGUGGUAAUCUCCAGCAUAGUUCAUUUUUAGAUUUCGUUGAGUCCUGUAACCAAAAUGUUUCUGUUGUGGUAGGAUACCGUGCUGUGUUUCAAUGUUACUUGUUUUCAAACUUUGUUUUCUAUGAAAAUGAUAUGGAAACGUCUAAAAAUGAAAUUUGGUGCAUAUGUACUGCUGAAUAAAGAGCGAAAAAAAGAGGUGUGAAUAGAUGUACAAAUCAAGUCAUGGUUUGAACACCUUUAAUAUGCCUAAUCCAAUUGUUUUAGACUCUUUUUAUCUUAGAUGUAGGCAGCCAUGAACAAUCUAUUUUGAGCCACUUUAGAGAGAAAAAAACCACAAAAAACCUUUGUAUUUUUAAAACUUGCACGAAAAGGAUGCAAGUGUUUUUAUAAUUGGAGGAAUGCCUCAGUUUUGAGGUGGUGCACACUAAAUUCAAGGUGAUGUUACAAAUUUGUACCAAGUGAACUCUUGAUAAGGUGGCUCAUUGUAGGAAAUGCUGUGCCUUCCCCUUUGAGCACAAGUGUUGCAUGAACAACAGUUUGCUAUAAUAAAACAUCCCAGGUUAGCCACCAUUAGCAUCUAUAUCUACCUUGUGUUUUCAAAUCAGCUGGUAAUUCUGAAACACUGUAGAAUGGAUAAAGAUUAUUUUGUGAUCAUAACUCUUUGUUGGACUAGAGUAUUUUUGCAGCAUUCCUUGUCAUCAGAAACAUGGUUAAAAGUUUAAAACUAGAAGCAGCGGAAAACUAGCUUGUGAAUUUAUCCAAGUAGAGUGCAGGCUAGGCUGUCUUGGGGAAAUAAACAUUAAAACUUGCAA